GGAAUUUGUAACACAUGUCCGUGGUAUUUAUAGCGAUUUAAAUUAAUCUAAUCUUAUCGCUAUUGUUAACUAUUUUAGUAUUCGAAAACGAUCUGAAACGCUCAAUUCCAGGUAAAUGAAUCCAACCGAGAAAUUCGCAAAAUAUUUAAAGCGUUAAUAAAGCUAGUCUAAUCGGAGUUAUUAACUAUUUUGGUAUUUAAAGUUAGCCAGUGCUUCUAAACAGUUUUCGAAAGUGAAAUUAUUGACCUUCAAACAAGUUUUGUUCUAUUUCGCCUUCUUAUAAUUUGUCGACCUUCCCAAAAUUAAAUUUCGCGAUUUUUUCUAACCUGACGCAACAUUCUUUGUUAUUACAGAUCGUUAAUAACAUAUAUUCCGUGAUAAUGUUUUAAUUAAAAGAAGUUAUAUAUUUUUUGUUUUGUUAAAAUUCCAAAAAAAAAAGAUAGUUCAUUAAAAAUAAUACUCCAAGCGAUGUUGAUGUUGGAUCUUUUGAAAUCUCUGUAAAUCCCACAAUUUCACAAAAAUGCGCAUGAUCGUUUUGUUCGGAUACUACAAAGUAAAGGUUGAAGUGGAACAGUAGAAUUAAAAAACGAGGACGGUGAACGGCUUGGGAGGCAAGUUCAACGAUACUUGGUCCAUGCCGCUUUUGCGAUUGGUUCAAUUUUGUAGGCGCGACACGGGCAUGUCACGUACGUAGCCGGUUUCUUUAAAUUACCUGUCUACCACAGCUGUUCCUACAAUCAAUUCCAAGUUUACUUGGCAUUCACAUCGAAUACGCCGACGAGUUCACAAGCGCACAUUAUUUUUUUUAUACUUACUAUUAAAAGUGAAAAUGGGCUUACCGAAGCGACUUUAUUUAUUCAUACCAGUAUUAAUCCUAUUGGUAUUUCAAUUCAAACCAAUUUCUUCACAUCUAGAAUAUGGAAUUGAAGAUGUUUUUUGCAAUGGUCCACUUCUUCACGUUGUACAAAUGGCGAGAUUAUUCAAUGAUUCCAAAACAUUCGUCGAUAUGCACCUAAAAGCAUCCCCAUCGGAAAUAGUGAAAGAUUUCGGUGAAAUGAUGCAGGGUGCUGAUGAUAAUCCUCUAAGACAAGACAUAAAAGAGUUCGUGCAUAAAAAUUUUGAGCCAGAAAAUAACGAAUUUGAUAAGUGGGCGCCGAAAGAUUGGGUUGAGAAUCCUUCGUAUUUGAAUAAAAUUAAUGAUAAAGAUCUCAGACAAUAUGGUUCGGAUGUAAAUGUGAUUUGGACCAAAUUGGGUCGUCAAAUUAAGGAUGCUGUUAGAGAAUCUCCUGAUCGGUAUUCUUUAAUAUGGGUGCCAAAACCGUUUAUUGUUCCUGGUGGGAGAUUUCGCGAGUAUUAUUAUUGGGAUUCGUAUUGGAUUGUCGAUGGGCUUCUUAUAAGUGGUAUGUUUGAUACCGCGAGAGGUAUGCUUGAAAACUUCGUUUAUUUGCUUAAUAAAUUUGGACAUAUUCCCAAUGGUGGAAGAUUGUAUUACGUUGAAAGAUCACAACCGCCUUUAUUCGUUCCUAUGGUAAAAAAAUAUUUUGAUGCAACUUGUGAUAUCGAUUUUAUUAAAGAUAACUUAGAGACUCUCGAUAAAGAAUUUGAAUAUUGGAUGAAAUUUCACAUGAGAAAUUUUACAUUUAAUAAUGUAGAUUAUACCAUGGCUGCGUAUGGAGAUAAAUCUCGUGGACCACGUCCGGAAUCGUAUUACGAAGACGUCAAAGCAGCGGAAUAUUUCACAACAACUGCGGGAAAAGAAGCGUUUUAUACUGAAAUUAAAGCUGCUGCAGAAUCCGGCUGGGAUUUUUCUAGUAGAUGGUUUUAUUCUCCAAUGGGUGAUCGCAAUAACCUUACUUACACAGAAACAACGCCGAUUAUUCCUGUUGAUCUAAAUUCUUUCCUUCAUUGGAACGCGGUUAUUUUGAGAGAUUUUCAUAAAAUGUUAAACAGCAAAAAAGCUGAUUAUUAUGAUAUGAAAGCUCAAAAUCUACUUGAAGCAAUCAACGCAGUUCUUUGGGAUGAUAGGAGCGGGGUGUGGUUUGAUUUCGACAUCAACACCUUGUCUAAAAGACACGUUUACUACGCUAGUAACCUUGUUCCUUUAUACACAAUGAGUUAUCCCCAAACAAAUCAAGGAUAUUACAUUAACAAGGUAAUAUCAUACUUGACAAAUUUGGAUUUGCUCAAAUACCCCUUCGGAGUUCCAACUACUUUAGAAGACACCGGGGAACAAUGGGACUUCCCCAACGUUUGGCCACCACUUCAACAUAUGAUGAUUUUUGGAUUACAACAAUCCGAUGAUCCAGUUGCAAAAGAGCUUGCUUUGAAUAUUAGUAAUAAAUGGAUUCUAACUACUUACAAUAAUUAUAUCGCAACAAACAGUAUAUAUGAGAAAUAUAAUGUUCUUUAUGGCUCAUAUGGAAGUGGAGGUGAAUACGAGGUCCAAACUGGAUUUGGAUGGACUAAUGGAGUUAUUAUAUCUCUAUUGGAUACUUAUGGGUCAGAACUCUCAACGGAAUUUGAUGUAAUAAAACAUAAAAAGCGAUUUGUUCGGAGUGUAGAUGAUCCUAAUAAUAAUAAUGAUAGUAAUAGUAGUAAUGAUGGUAUUUUUAUACGAUCAGUUACUGCAGCUUUAUGUGUAAUAGGAUCUUUUUUCGUCUUUAGAUUUUCAGGGUGAGAUAUUUAUCCCCUCACAUUUCGAAUAUUUAUGUUAAGUCCUGAGUAGCUUCUGUGAUCGACAUAUACAACGAGACGGACACGCAUGUCGCUUUAUCAUAAAUAAUUUACAAGUUUUAUAAUCCCUUUCUAAAUUCUCUCCUAUUUUUUUUUUAAUAUCACCGAAGCAAAAACCUUUUUAUAGGUGUGUACACGUCUGCGGAAUCAAAGAUUGGCUGCCGUGUAUCGUAACCUUGACUUUCUAUAUUGUGUAUGUUAUUAUUACAGUAUUUGUGUGAUUUGUGUGUCCAAUUUACGUAUGUAUAUGUUUUAUGUUGUCGACUAAAAUAUUUAUUCAGUUAGAUUUUACAAGCAUUUAUGUGUUUCUUUUCCCUAUAAAUAUAAAAUCCUUUUAAAUAAAAAGAAUUAUGUUAUAGGUUUAUAAUCAAGAAAAAGAAUUCGCUAUAUCGAAAUAAACGGAAUCCCAAAGAAAUGAA